AUGUCAACUCCAGAGGGCGCCUGUCACACCCGCAGUGGUGCCCAGCGUCUGCUGCAAGCAGGGCAGGCAGCAGCAUCGUCACCAUCACCAAGCUGCCUUAGUGAAUUGUUCAAUCCCGGCGUUGUCGACUGGAAGAAGCGGGUCAAGGCUGAGUACACUAGGCUGUGCUUUCUGCACAAGGACAAGCGAGCAGACGAAGUUAAAAAUGCCUUUUCUGCAAACAGACUGGAAAUUGAGCAGGAACUGGAGAAAGAGAAGGAAUGGCUAGCGAAGCAGUCGGUACAGAAACUGAUGGUGCCAGAAAUCUUACCAGGCAGAUCUGCCAAAAAGUGUGAAGUGGUCAGUGGCAUGGGGUUUCCGACGCAAUCUGGCCCACUGAAGAUUGUGAUGCCGGUCAAGUCUAUUCCGACAAUGUACAGUUGGGCACCUGUGCAGCAGAACUUUAUGGUAGAAGACGAAACUGUCCUUCAUAACAUUCCAUAUAUGGGCGAUGAGCUUCUGGACCAAGACACCUCCUUCAUUGAAGAGCUCCUCAAAAACUAUGAAGGUCGUGUGCAUGGAGAGAGGAAUUCUGGGAUAGGAGAUGACAUAUUUCUGGAGCUGGUGAAUUCGGUAGCCUCUCAGUACAAAGCUGAAAAUGGAGAAGAUGACAAGGUAAAGGUGAAGAGGGAAGUGCUGGAUGGUGGCAAAGUGGAAUUCUUGGAUGUGGCUGAAAUUCCAGUGGAGGUGUUUGAAGCCAUCUGUGCUGCCUUCCCAGAUCAGGGUGGAACUGUGGAGGAGCUUCAGGACAAGUACAAGGAACUUGUGGAGUCCCAGAAGGCUAGUGGACAAGAGGCACCAGCUGAGUGCACUCCAAACAUUGAUGGGCCCAAAGCUCAGUCGGUGCCCAGGGAACAGACCAUGCACUCGUUCCACACACUGUUUUGCAGACGCUGUUUUAAAUAUGACUGUUUUCUACACCCCUACCACCCCACCCCCAGCAUGCUGUCCAGGAAGAUUCCAGAGAAGAAACAGAAGACUGAAGCUUGUGGGCCUGAUUGCUUCCUUCAUAUUCAAGGAAUGAAGGAUAGUCGUACAACAGGGGAGAAGGACAACAAAGAUCAUCAAAAAGACUCAACCAGGACUUCACCACCUCGUUCAGAGACCAACUGGAGGAAGAGAAAAGCUGUUAACGGAGGGAGUGUACCCAGUAGUGACAACAGUGAGGAGAGCAACAACGCUGAUGAUAUAGACAUCAAGUUUCCACCCCGGACGAGCCCAACGGCUGAAGACUGGACUGGAGCAGAGGAGUCGUUGCUGCGGGUAUUGGCAGAUGUCUAUCGCAGCAACUACUGUUCUAUAGCCUGUCUGAUUGGUACCAAAACUUGCCAGCAGGUUUACCGUUUUGCUGUUAAAGAAGAGGCUCACAUUCCUGAUGUCAAUGAGGACCUGGCUACAACACCCCCAAGGAAGAAGAAAAAGAAGCAGAGGUUAUGGUCCAUGCACUGCCGCAAGAUUCAGCUGAAGAAAGAUGGCUCCACGAAGACGGUUUACAACUACCAGCCGUGUGAUCACCCAGGGCAGCGCUGCGACGAGACGUGCCCAUGCAUCAUGGCGCAGAACUUUUGUGAGAAGUUUUGCCAGUGCAGCUUUGAUUGUCAGAACAGAUUCCCAGGCUGUAGGUGUAAGGCUCAGUGCAACACCAAGCUGUGCCCUUGCUUCCUGGCUGUCCGGGAGUGUGACCCAGAUCUCUGCCAGACUUGUGGGGCAGAUCAGUUUGACACUCCUAAAAUUUCCUGCAAGAACGUCAGUGUUCAGAGAGGUCUCAGAAAG